GCUUACUCCACAGUCACUCUGAAUUUCCGGGCUGCUGUGGUGGCACCAGGAUGAUGGAGACCGAGCGACUCGUGCUGCCUCCCCCAGAUCCCCUGAAUCUUCCUCUUCGAGCCGUGGAACUGGGAUGCACUGGGCGCUGGGAAGUGCUGAAUGUGCCUGGAGCUCCAGAGAGUACCCUUCCCCAUGGCCUUCCUCCUUGUGCCCCAGAUCUGCAGCAAGAAGCAGAGCAGUUGUUUCUCUCAUCUCCAGCUUGGCUUCCUCUGCAUGAUGUGGAACAUUCAGCUCGAAAAUGGCAGAGGAAGACAGAUCCCUGGUCUCUCCUGGCUGCUCUGGGAGCCCCAGUCCCAUCUGAUCUUCAGGCCCAAAGACACCCAACCACAGGCCAGAUAUUAGGCUAUAAGGAGGUCCUGCUGGAGAACACAAACCUGUCAGCGACUACUUCCUUGUCUCUUCGCCGGCCUCCAGGGCCCAUCUCUCAGUCACUAUGGGGAAAUCCAACACAGUACCCUUUCUGGCCAGGUGGGAUGGAUGAGCCUACCAUAACAGAUCUGAGCACUCGGGAGGAGGCUGAGGAAGACAUAGAUUUUGAGAAAGAUCUUCUUACUGUCCCACCUGGCUUCAAGAAAGGCAUGGACUUUGCCCCAAAGGAUCACCCAGCUCCAGCACCUGGGCUACUUAGCCUCAGUCGUCUGCUAGAACCUCUAGAUCUGGGGGGUGAUGAGGAUGAAAGUGAGACAGUGGGACAGCCAGGAGGUCCCAGAGGGGACACUAUUUCAGCCUCUCUCUGUGAUGCUCCUCUGGCCCGAGCAAGCAGCUUGGAGGACCUAGUAUUGAAGGAAGCAUCUACAGUUGUAUGCCCUGUGGAGCCUCCCAAACCUCCACCUCAGGAGGAAUGGGCCAUUCCUGUGGAUGUCACCUCCCCUGUUGGUGAUUUUUACCGCCUCAUUCCACAGCCAGCCUUUCAGUGGGCGUUUGAGCCAGAUGUGUUUCAGAAACAGGCCAUCCUGCACUUGGAACAGCAUGACUCUGUCUUUGUGGCAGCGCACACAUCUGCAGGGAAGACAGUUGUAGCUGAAUAUGCCAUUGCACUGGCCCAGAAACAUAUGACACGAACCAUUUAUACUUCACCCAUCAAGGCCUUGAGCAACCAGAAAUUCCGAGACUUUCGAAACACAUUUGGGGAUGUGGGGCUACUCACUGGGGAUGUGCAGCUGCACCCAGAGGCCUCCUGCCUUAUCAUGACAACAGAGAUCCUUCGCUCCAUGCUGUACAGUGGAUCAGAUGUCAUCCGGGACCUGGAAUGGGUCAUCUUCGACGAAGUUCAUUAUAUCAAUGAUGCUGAGCGUGGGGUCGUGUGGGAGGAGGUGCUCAUCAUGUUGCCAGACCAUGUCUCCAUCAUCCUUCUGAGUGCUACUGUCCCCAAUGCCCUAGAGUUUGCUGACUGGAUUGGACGGCUGAAGCGUCGCCAGAUCUAUGUGAUUAGCACAGUUGCCCGGCCUGUCCCCCUGGAGCACUAUCUCUUCACAGGAAACAGCCCCAAGACCCAGGGGGAACUCUUCUUGCUGCUGGAUUCCCGAGGUGCCUUCCACACCAAAGGGUACUAUGCAGCUGUGGAGGCCAAGAAGGAGAGAAUGAGCAAACAUGCUCAGACCUUUGGGGCCAAGCAGCCCACACACCAGGCAGGGCCUGCGCAGGACCGAGGAGUGUACCUGUCCCUCUUGGCCUCACUCCGCACCCGGGCCCAGCUGCCUGUGGUAGUGUUCACCUUCUCUCGGGGCCGUUGUGAUGAGCAGGCCUCGGGCCUCACCUCGCUUGACCUCACUACAAGUUCAGAGAAGAGUGAGAUCCACCUCUUUCUGCAGCGAUGUCUGGCGCGUCUCCGUGGCUCUGACCGACAGCUGCCCCAGGUCCUGCACAUGUCUGAGCUCCUGCAUCGGGGCUUGGGUGUACACCACAGUGGCAUCCUGCCCAUCCUCAAGGAGAUUGUGGAGAUGCUGUUCAGCCGUGGCUUGGUCAAGGUCUUGUUUGCCACUGAGACCUUUGCCAUGGGUGUAAACAUGCCAGCACGUACAGUGGUGUUUGACUCCAUGCGCAAGCACGAUGGCUCUACCUUCCGGGACCUGCUCCCUGGGGAAUACGUGCAGAUGGCAGGCCGGGCAGGCCGGAGAGGCCUGGACCCCACAGGCACUGUCAUCUUGCUCUGCAAGGGUCGUGUGCCUGAGAUGGCAGAUCUACACCGCAUGAUGAUGGGGAAGCCUUCCCAGCUGCAGUCCCAGUUCCGCCUCACAUAUACUAUGAUCCUCAACCUGCUACGGGUGGAUGCCCUCAGGGUGGAGGACAUGAUGAAGAGGAGUUUCUCUGAGUUUCCAUCCCGCAAAGACAGCAAGGCCCAUGAGCAGGCUCUAGCUGAACUAACUAAAAGGUUGGGGGCCUUGGAGGAGCCUGACACGACUGGCCAACUGGUUGAUCUGCCUGAGUAUUACAGCUGGGGAGAGGAACUGAUGGAGACCCGGAAUAUGAUCCAACGACGCAUCAUGGAGUCUGUGAAUGGGCUAAAAGCUCUCUCAGUGGGAAGAGUGGUGGUUGUGAAGAAUCAGGUGCAUCACAACACAUUGGGUGUGAUCCUGCAGGUCUCCUCAAACUCCUCCAGCAGAAUCUUCACAACCCUGGUCUUAUGUGAAAAGCCUAUGUCGGAGGAUCCACAGGACAAGGAAGCAGCCACUCCAGAUGUGCCCCACCCAGAUGAUCUGGUGGGCUUCAAGCUCUUCUUGCCUGAAGGGGCCUGUGACCACACUGUGGCCAAGCUCCAGCCAGGAGACGUGGCUGCAAUCACCACCAAGGUGCUCCGGGUGAAUGGAGAGAAGAUCUUAGAGGAUUUCAGCAAGAGACAGCAACCGAAAUUCAGAAAGGAUCCUCCCCUUGCAGUGGUGACCACUGCUGUCCAGGAAUUGCUUCGUCUGGCUCAGGCCUACCCAGCAGGACCCCCUACCCUUGACCCUGUGAACGACUUGCAGCUCAAGGAUGUGUCAGUGGUAGAAGGUGGCCUUCGGGCCCGGAAGUUGGAGGAGCUGGUCCGGGGGGCUCAGUGUGUGCACAAUCCCCGUUUUCCUGCCCAGUACCUGAAGCUGAAGGAGCGAAUGCAGAUUCAGAAGGAGAUAGAGCGCCUGCGCUUCCUACUGUCAGAUCAGUCACUGCUGCUGCUCCCUGAAUACCACCAACGAGUAGAGGUGCUCCGAACCCUGGGUUAUGUGGACGAGGCAGGCACUGUGAAGCUGGCAGGACGGGUGGCUUGUGCCAUGAGCAGCCAUGAGCUACUCCUCACUGAGCUCAUGUUUGACAAUGCAUUGAGCGCUCUGAAGCCUGAGGAGAUUGCAGCCCUGCUCUCUGGCCUGGUUUGCCAGAGCUCUGGGGACCCUGGGGAUCAGCUUCCAAGCACCCUCAAACAGGGGGUGGAACGUGUCUGUGCUGUGGCCAAGCGGAUUGGUGAAGUCCAGGUAGCUUGUGGCUUGAACCAGACAGUGGAAGAAUUUGUGGGAGAGCUGAAUUUUGGGCUGGUCGAGGUUGUGUACGAGUGGGCCCGGGGUAUGCCCUUCUCUGAGUUAGCAGGACUCUCGGGAACCCCAGAAGGCCUGGUGGUGCGCUGCAUCCAGCGCCUGGCUGAGAUGUGCCGCUCACUGAGAGGGGCUGCCCGUCUGGUAGGAGAGCCUGUGCUGGGUGCCAAGAUGGAGACAGCAGCCACCCUGCUACGACGGGACAUCGUCUUUGCAGCCAGCCUUUAUACCCAGUGAAGAACCCCUGGGUAAAAGUGUAAUAAUAAAAUAGCAAGCCACGGA